UUCCCCGCUCCCGCCCCUGCGGCGCUCCCGGAUGACGCCACACCCGCCUGGAAGGAAGGAGGGAGGCAAGGAGGGAGGAUUCACCUUCCUCAGCCCGGACGUGACGCGCUCAGCGGCCGCCGCCGGAGGGCCCCACGUGGUGGUGCGAGAGCAUCGCGGAGCGGGGUCUGCACACCUGGGCGGCCUCUCCGGGCCCGACAUGAACCCCUUCGCCUGGUACCCGCCGCCCCCACCGGGGCUGCCUCCGCCGGGCAUCCCCCCACCCUUCUUCUGCCCGCCGCCCUCCUGGGACACGAGCUUCUGGGCUGCCCCCGUGCCCUACCCCCCGCCCGGCCGCUACCCGCCGCCCGACAGCACCUACGCGUCCGCCGACACCUACUCGCAGCCCAAGAGCUACUCCCAGCCCGCCGAGUCCUACUCGCAACCCGCCGACAGCUACUCGGAUCCCGCCCAGAGCAUCCCUCCCGCCGAGAGCUACUCCCAGACUGCCGAGAGCUAUCCCCAGCCUGCCCAAAACUUCUCGCAGCCCGAGGGCUACUCCCAGCCCGCCGAGGGCUACCCGCCGGCUCAGAGCUACCCGCAGCCCGAGAGCUUCCUCCCCCCUCAUAGCUACACCUCGCCCGCCGCCUGGUUCCCGCCGGCCUACGGAGCGCGACCGCAGGGCCCGCACGCCGGUGGAAAUGGUAAUUUCUCCCAGAAACGGCAGGGCAAGCAAGCGCCUGCAUUUAGUAAACAUUGUCCAGAAGAAAAUAACAAGCCAAAGACCAGAAAGAAAAAAGAGCCAGUUUUCUCUCAUUACUGUGAUACCUGUGACCGUGGCUAUAAAAACCAGGAGAAGUAUGAUGAACACAUUUCACAGCAUAAACAGUGCUCAGAAGAAGGUUGCAAUUUCAGUGCCCAUGAGAAGAUCGUUCAGAUACACUGGAAGAAUGCACAUGCACCUGGUGCUAAAAGAAUAAAAUUAGAUAGUCCAGAAGAGAUUGCUAGAUGGAGAGAAGAAAGAAAAAGAAAUUUUCCUACUUUGGCAAACAUUGAAAGGAAGAAGGAAAUGCAGAUGCAGAAGGAAGAAAGGGGAGAAGUGCUGACUACCCAGCAGUUUGGCAAAAUGAAGGGGAUGUGGAAACCUCCAGAAAGUGGAGAGGCUCUUGGGCAUCAACGAAGACACAAGAGAAAACAAUGGCGCCCGUUCUGGAAGAGAUUUAGGAAAAAUGGCGGUGAUUAUCAUGGACCCAGAACUCAAAAUGAAGCCAAUGGACCAGAAAACAGCACAUGUGAAAAGGAACAGGAAAAGCAAAAUGCUUUGGCAGACCAAGUGUAUGAGAAAGACGUGGACCCUCUUGGUCUUCUGGCAAACGGUGAUGUCGAAUCUGACAAGGAUGAGGCAGCUGAGGAAGAUGGCAGACUGGGAACCACAGUUGUCCCCAGGCAGGUGACCUCUGCCCUUAGUGCACUGUCGGUCAACUAUGGCAGUGCAUCCGACAGCGAGCCCGAAGAAAUCCCUGUCAAGACUGCAACAAAAGCUGAGAAAAACCAGGCUGUGCUCAGAAAUACGCCUCAAACUACUCCUGCUCCUCAGAGUCGGAAACCAAAUCAAAACCGCCCAGGAUGCGCAGGCACAACGUUAAGGAGCUCAAAUUCAAAUGCACGUCCCCCCAGAGGGCCUGAGAAGUGGGGCAGGAAAACAUUACCUCGCCUUCCCAAGCGCCGUCCAACUCUGCUGGAAAUGUUACUGGCCCAGGACAUCCGACAUGAAAGGAAUGUGAUUUUGCAGUGUGUUCGAUACCUCAUCAGAAAUAACAUGUUUGGACUUCAUCUUAAAACAGAACCACAGGCUGAAGCAGAAACUGAACAGUCUUCUACACCUACAGCAGAGCCUUCUAUGGAAAAACCUGAUGAAUCUAAUUGUUCUUGUAGCUUUGACCUUCAGUUAGAAGGAGGACAAGAAGAUGCAUUAUUAAUAGCCCAGGGUGAGAAAGAACCUGUGGAUCAGACUUCACAGAUGGCUCAGUUGGCAGAUGAGGACACGUGGGAAACCCCAUCAAUUCAGUGUGAAGGAGCACCGUAGAGGAUGUCUGUUAUGGACAGUAAAGGCUCACAUUUUCUACCCACCUGAUGCAUUUUGAAAGACAUCAGUGUAACAAAAAAAUCAUUAAAGUACAUACUGAGAGCUGUUAAAACCACUUUCCUGAUCUGUUCUGCCCUAGGUGGCCAUUUCCUUGGAAAACAUGUUGAGUAAUUCCAUUUCCACGUGGCACAAAGGCAGCAGUGGCACAGAGUAUGACCUUCCCUAGAGUAGAUGCAGAUCCCUGAUCUAGAGCUUCAGAGUUCUGAGUGUCUUACUUUCUUAUGAAAUGUGUGUGAGUCCAGCCCCAGAGCCAAGUAGGAUGGAUUUUCUUCAUGUGAAGUUAUGGUCUGGUGUGUGUGGAGUAUCUUGAGCGUCCAGAAGUAUUGCAGUGUAGUUUCAAAAUGGCAAUUCAGUGCACACAUUGUUUCACUUCAGCUGUUAUAAGAUAUAUCCAAUAGAAAUCUAAAAUAGCCAGUGUAAAAUAUGGAAGAUAUAACUGACCUGGCUCAAGAAGUACUGCUUGUCCCUGAAUUAAGUUGUUAAUUGAGCAGAGAAAUUUAAAUGAGGGUGCAGAUUUUAUUUAUUAAAAAAAAAAAAGAUACUAUGACUGCUUGCAUCAGUGCUGGGUUGCUGGUUGAGCUCAGAUGCCCAAUAUUGAGCUUUAACUUCUGUUAUUGCCUGACAAAUUAACUCCUGAAGCAAACCCUCAAUAUCAUUAUCAAAGUUUAGAAAGCUUACCAAGAGUUACUGGUUACCUUUUGCAUAUACAUUGGGAAUUUAUUAGUUGGCCUUCUGGAAGAAUGCCUUGGUACGUUGUUACGAUGCUCCUACAGCACCCAGCGAUUGGUUUUCUUCAUGGGUUUGUGCAUACAUCCAUAGUGUUGUGAGCACUAAAAAAGAAGCAUCAGCCAAGGUUUAGAAACUAAAUUUAGUCUUUUGAUUAUAUUGUGCAUUUGUUUGUCAGAAUGCUUCUUAUCAAGGGCAGGUGUUAGUUUGUCACAUUGACACUGAAAACACACCACAAAAAGAAUCUAUUCUCAAAACCUCCAGGAUCUGCUCUUUGUCUUUUAGUCAUGGUUAAAUGUUACAGUUAACUCUCAGGGACUGGCUUUAUUUUCUUUUUCUUUGCUAGAAGUCUAGCCUUCCAUUCCACCACCUGAUAUAAGGAGACUCACAUGGGGCUUUUUUAUUGCUAAUAGCUAUAUUUUCUUUCCUUUAGUUCCUUAACUUGUGCCACACAUCUCAUUUGUGGAGUAUAGGAAACAAGAAGUAGUUGAAAAUUCUAUCCUGCUGCUCUGCUAUUUAUAACUACAACUGCGUAUUGUGUUUGUAAUGCAUUGUCUAAAUUUAUGGAAUUAUAUAAAUACCAACACCCUUGUAAAAGUUGUGUGUCUCAAGGAUAUAUGUGCAGAAUAGAAGCAGUGAUCAUAAACAUUUAUAUUUCCAAGGCAGAUGAUUCAUUCUUCCCAUGAUGAUCUCACGAGCCAUCUCAAUCUCACUGACUUGCCUCUGGCUCUUACAAUUUUACUGCAAUGAAAAUACCAAUGAAGAACACUCAGCCAUGGAGAUCUGGCACUCAAGCAGAACCUGGUUUCAGAGUGGAGUGGUACCAGUGCUGUUGAAAGCAUAAGUGACAGCUGCGGGAAAAGAAAUGGAUGUCUUAAAUUUGCUAUUAAAUUGCACUUUAAACAACCCUGUGUCCUAUCAAGGGGAUGGCAGAGCUGUCUUUGACUGUACCCUUUGACUUUGUGUUUAAAAAGACAGAACCUUUACCAAGAAUUCUUUAUACUGUUGUCAUUAUGACUUAAGAAUAUUAAACUUUCACACAAAACCAAAAACUGUCCGA